GGGCAGGACACUUGAGUUCCGGCCGGCUCGCCCGCUUGUCUGGUCUGCGGUGGUCCCGCCGCGUCACACCGCGGUCGCACCCCUACUUCCGCCCCGCUCCACCCCCCCCCCCCCCCCCCCCCCCCCAGUUCACUCGAGCACGCAUCGGCAGCGCGCCGUCCUCCUGCUCCGUCCUCCUCCGCCGCCGCCGUCGCGGAAGGGAAGGAUCCGUCCCUCCGACCGGGCUUCGGUUGGUCUCGCCCUCGCCGGGGUGAGAGGUGACGGGACGGCGGUAUGAGGCAGUGGUUAUGUUGUAACUGCCAAGUUGAUGACGAGGAAGAUGGCCGUGGCAAGGAGCAAUCCAAAGUUCAGAGCAAUAAGAUAGACCCGAAGCAGAAGUCUUCAAAGCCUCCUGUUAGUCAACCUGAGCCAGAGAUUUCCCCUCCUACAAUUGAUGUCCCUGACUUAUCAUUGGAUGACUUGAAAGAAAAGACUGAUAAUUUUGGAUCCAGUGCUCUGAUUGGUGAAGGAUCUUAUGGACGAGUAUAUCAUGCCACUUUGGAUGAUGGGAGGCAAGCAGCUGUUAAAAAACUUGAUGCAUCUGAAAAUGAACCUAAUGAUGAGUUCUUGAAACAGGUCUCACUGGCAUCAAAGCUAAAACAUGAAAAUCUUGUUGAGAUGUUGGGUUACUGUGUGGAGGGAAAUUACCGUAUACUAGCAUAUGGAUUUGCAACCAUGGGUUCUCUUCAUGAUGUUUUGCAUGGAAGAAAAGGCGUCCAGGGUGCACAGCCUGGGCCUGUGCUUGACUGGAUGCAAAGGGUCAAAAUUGCUAUUGAGGCUGCAAAAGGUAUAGAAUAUCUGCACGAAAAGGUUCAGCCCUCAAUCAUCCAUCGGGACAUCAGAUCAAGCAAUGUACUGCUGUUUGAGGAUUUCAAGGCAAAAAUUGCGGACUUCAAUCUUUUGAACCAAGCACCAGAUAUGGCAGCUCGCCUCCAUUCAACUCGUGUAUUGGGAACUUUUGGAUAUCAUGCACCAGAAUAUGCUAUGACUGGCCAGCUGACACAGAAAAGUGAUGUCUACAGCUUUGGUGUAGUCCUUUUAGAACUUUUGACUGGUAGGAAACCAGUAGAUCACACAAUGCCUCGGGGACAACAAAGUUUAGUCACUUGGGCUACUCCAAGAUUAAGUGAAGACAAGGUCAAGCAAUGUGUAGAUCCCAGGUUGAAGGGAGAAUACCCUCCAAAGGGAGUUGCUAAGCUCGCUGCAGUGGCAGCUCUAUGUGUGCAAUACGAAGCAGAGUUCAGGCCCAACAUGAGCAUUGUUGUGAAGGCGCUUUCUCCUCUCCUCCAACAAAGACCCGCACCUGCCCCAUCAGAGCCAGCCACGGAACCUGCAAGCUGAGGCCAAGUCGCAUGCGAUGGGACCUGUGAAGGCAAAAGCCAUAUCGGAAUCAGGCUAUCAGCACAUUCUGUGUGUAAUUGAGAAUAUUUUGGAUGUUCAUUUUGUAGCGUUCCCAAUCAGAUAAAUCAUACAUGAAGUUACCCCUGCCGUUUGUGGCCACCUAGGUUCGCCGCUUGAUAUAGCCGCGGUACAAUGGUAUGUGGUAGGAUUGAAGUUCUCUUUUCCCUUAUUAACCAACUCCGUAGAUUUAAGGAAUUCGCCAUGUUUGGAUGAAUAGAUGAUUUUCGGUCUGCGGCACUAUAUCGCUGCUACUUUGAUUUCU